AUGGUCGACGGGUUCCGCGAGGAACACAAACCGCAUGCGGACGUACUCGCGGCCGGACGAGUCCGUCUUAGGGUGGUACUCGAGCUUGAGCAGCCCCGUGAGGCGCACAUCCAUGCCCGCCUCUUCCUUCGUCUCCCGGAUCGCGGCGGCUUCGGGGGUUUCGCCGGCGUCGACGCGACCGCCGGGCAGCCAGUAGCCCGAACAUGCAAACUCCUGGACCAACAGGAAAUGCUUCGUCACGGGAUGCCGACACACCACGAGCGCAAAGCAGUACAAAGUGGACUCGGGAUUGCGGAAUUCGCUGGGGAGGUCGCCGCGGCCAGGUGGGCCGUGCGCGUUGUGAAGGUGGACUUGGAAAGGCGUGGACCCGCGGUAGGACUUGCCUUGCUUGUCCAAGCAUAUGGGGCAGGGGAGGUCCGUUCGGUUCUUCUCGUUGAUGUGAUGGAGGGGACAAUGGAUCCACAGCGCGUCUUCCGUGAGACCGGACUUGCCGCAGAAAGGGCAUGCAUAGUGUUGGUGGCGCCGCGUAGUCGACGAGCUCGACAUCGCAAGUUCUGCGUCUUCUUCGGCGGAAAGUUUGAGCAGAACGCUUGUCAACGCGUCCACGGAAUUGGUGACCAUGGACGCACCGUCGGUGAAGCAUCGAUACCGCCGCAUGGGGUGGUCCGUAAUGUGCGGCGAGAACACGCACAGGAAGAGCUGUCGACUCAUCUGACGCAACGCGCGCAGAAGCUUCAAAAGAGCGUCCAUUGGAAACGUAGCCACGACGCGGAGGAUCACCAAGUGCACCUUGUGUAA